UGCAUUUCACGUCCAUGGAAUGCACUAACCACAGCCUCUCCAUGCUGGCUUGCUGUGGUGGCACCCCGCCCACCGCUCAAUUCACCUCAACUCCACUGGCAACACCCUUGUUUUUCCAGUUUGGGAUUUGCUAAAGUUUAAAAAAAAAAAAAAAGGUCAACUGACCUGAAGUCUUAAUAGAAGCAGUUGAUGUGGGCGUACCCUACGGAGACACAUUUACUGGGCAGCAGAAGGAACCAACUGGAGAAUCCUGGGACAUCUAGUCAUCCCUUUCGUGCCAGCCCACUUCUGUCUCUGGGUUGAACAUCUCAUCUUCCCUGUAAACGAAGUUCUGAAAACCUCAAACUCCAGCACCCUCAAGACUUUACUGAUGAAAACUCAGCAAAUUAUCAUAAAGAGUUUUAACAACUAAGCUAAGACAUCAAAAAGGAAAAUACCAGAUGCCACUCUGCAGGCUGAAGUAACUACCACUUACUGGAUACAUUCAAAUCCUUCAGAAUCGACAGAGUAACCAGGUAGCAAAGAAGAGAAGCCAUGGACAACCUGACCUCUGCGGCUGGGAAUGGCAGCCUGUGUACCAGAGACUACAAAAUCACCCAGGUCCUCUUCCCGCUCCUCUACACGCUCCUGUUUUUCGUUGGACUCAUCACAAAUAGCCUGGCAAUGAGGAUCUUCUUUCAAAUCCGCAGUAAAUCCAACUUCAUUAUCUUCCUUAAGAACACGGUCAUUUCUGAUCUUCUCAUGAUUCUGACUUUUCCAUUCAAAAUCCUCAGCGAUGCCAAACUGGGCACAGGACCACUGAGAACCUUUGUGUGCCAGGUGACUUCUGUCGUAUUUUACUUCACAAUGUAUAUCAGCAUUUCAUUCCUAGGACUGAUAACUAUCGAUCGCUACCAGAAGACCACCAGGCCAUUUAAAACAUCCAACCCUAGCAAUCUGUUGGGGGCUAAGAUUCUCUCUGUUAUCAUCUGGGCAUUCAUGUUCUUACUCUCUUUGCCGAACAUGAUUCUGACCAACAAGAGGCCGAGAGAUAAGAAUGUGAAGAAAUGCUCGUUCCUCAAAUCACAGUUUGGUCUGGUCUGGCAUGAAAUAGUUAAUUACAUCUGUCAGGUCAUUUUCUGGAUUAAUUUUUUAAUUGUCAUUGUAUGUUAUACACUCAUUACAAAAGAACUGUAUAGGUCAUAUGUAAGAACAAGGGGAGCAGGCAAAGUUCCCCAAAAAAAGGUGAACGUCAAAGUUUUCAUUAUCAUUGCUGUAUUUUUUAUCUGUUUUGUUCCCUUCCAUUUUGCCCGAAUUCCCUACACCCUGAGCCAAACCCGGGAUGUCUUUGACUGCUCUGCUGAGAAUACUCUGUUCUAUGUGAAAGAGAGCACUCUCUGGUUAACUUCCUUACAUGCAUGCCUCGAUCCAUUCAUCUAUUUUUUCCUUUGCAAGUCCUUCAAAAAUUCCUUAAUGAGUAUGCUGAAGUGCCCCAAUUCUGCAACACGGCCACCCCAUGAAAACAGGAAGAAAGGACAGGGUGGUGGUGACCCAAGCCAAGAGACUCCAAUGUAAACAAACUGUGGUAAUCCUUCCAUCUAUUAGUGUUUGCGAUGCCUAAAAGGGAAGCACUAUGUAAAAAUAGUAAUACUGACUAAGUAGCUGACUUAGUAACAAUGACUCUUGAAGAAAUAGACUACAAAGUAAUUUUCAUUUACUUUGCCAGUAUUAAAAUGUAGGGGGAAAAAACCUCCCAUGUAGCUGUGUAGCAAAACAAACUGCCUCCAAUCACCGUGCUACAUGCAAAACUACAAAGAAUUCAUGAAUUGGAAAAUUUUGGCAAGAUGGCUAACCAUAUAAUGUCUACUGUAAUUCUUUAAAUACAUGAUUGAUCACAAUGUUAUUAUCUAUCAACUUACUAUAUAUAUAAGCAACUAAGGAUAAAUCUGAUAAAAUCUUCUGACCAAAAAUUAUACUUAUUAAGAUGUAUAUACAUCCUAGUCCCCUAACCAAAUGCUUACCUAUAAUGAUAUUAUAAAAAUUUAAGUAGGUGGAACACACAAAGGAUAGUAACUACUAACCUUUAAUUAUUAGCAAAAACCUAAGGGAUUUAAACUAGUGGUAAUAGACUGGACUGCAUUUUUUUUUUUUUAUAAUUUCAUUAAGAAGAUAGAGGUUUAAAAAACCACCUUUCCGAUAAAAAGAGAAGAAAUAGAAAAUGAAGUUAUUAAAACAACAAGAGUUAUUUUUAUGGCAUUCUAAUACAACAACAAAAACAACCCAGAAUAUUUCCUUAACACUAGAGAAACCAGUUUUACUAAUAUUUUGACAACCUUCAUAAAUACAACCACCCUCAUUGACACAUACCUUUAUUAACUAGCUUCUAGAAAGUACCUGCUACUUGGGUUAAUGAACAUUUCUCUUAGUGAGAAAAACGAAUUAAAUAUGAUCAUGCAGUUGCACCGCAUAACUAUUAACAGGAAAGUAAUGUUAAUGAAAUGUUUGGAAUUACCUGUUUGUUAUUUGUGUAUCUAACAAAAAAUUUACAUUGAACUCUAAAUCACACUUUGUUGGAAUUACUUUAUUCAAAGAUAUCAGAUACCAUGAUUCACCUUUUAUAUACUCCUGCAUCACAUGUCAAACCUAUUUAAGAAACAAUAGCUGGCAACAGUGUUUCAUACAGUGCUUUAUGAAACAACAUUGGGCAAAGUCUCUUCUGAAGGUGACAUCUCACAUCAAUUAAUUCAUAUGUAAAUGAAAAAAAUAUGUCAGACUUAAAAUAUAGGCUGAUUCCACAUAACCCAUAUUCAUUGUUUUUUAACAUAAACAAAAUAUAUAACACACUUGCAAUUUGACAUCUUUUGUCUCAAUUAUUUAUGAUCCUCAGAGGCUGAUUCUCAAACAGAAGGCAUAGAUAGAUACCAGUAUCUAAAUAUAAUGCAAGAAGAAAUUAAAAGGGUGAGUUGUAGUAUAAGGAAGUUCACUGAACUUCAGUAAUAGAUGAUUUAUCCAAACCCUCCAUGAGUUCUGCUGGGCUAAAUUU